GCGCGCGCGCGCGAGAGAGCGUUUGAUAGAACAAGAGCAAGGGAGGGGGGGCAAAGGAAGCAGGACCACCGAGCCUUCUUCCUGUGCUCCGCCCCCCUGUCUGAAGGAGUGGGGGAGGCACAGGAAGUAAGAACGCUUAAGGCUGCGGGCGUCAUCCUCCCCAUCGCCUCUGCCGCCGCGGGGAGACGAAAAUCCGUCUCGGCUGACACAAUGCUCUUGAAGGCAAGUCUCUCGCGCUAGGCUAGGAAAGAAGAUGCAUAUUUUCCGUUCUCGUGGAUUGCUGAAGUUUUCAACCACCAAGGAAAGGAGAGUUGCAUCUGACGCGAUGUUAGUAGUCUUGUGCUGUUGAAUAAGGGGCAGGACUUGAAUACAGCUGUCUGCUUUUUGCACACAUGCUCGCCAUUUAAUAUUGGAUCCUUCAUCGUGAAGAAUCAAGUGGGCAUUUUUUUUCCACUCCUCAGCUUUCAGACUGUUAACGAUCAACACAUCUUUUUGGAUAGUGUCUCUGGAGCCUGGUCAUAUGCACUGAGUGAUUAGAAGAACUUAGUGCUAAUUAUAUGAGUAUUAGGUUGCUAAACCUACAGUGAUAAACUUGAGGAGAAACUGCAUGUGAGAAACUGCAUGUGGCUGCUACUGGCUCUGAUUGACCUUGGAUUAUUGUGUGCUGAAUCGAAAAUAUAGACUGCAAAUUGUUCUUGUCUGCUCCUUUCUUAGCAUCGUUACUGAUACAUAGCACAGAGGUCACAAUUUUGUACUGUUUUUCUUUUCGACCAAACAACAGAGAGAACAACUGCUUUAUUUUUUUCUGAAGAGUUUUAAAAUAGUUUUUGAACUAAAAAGGGCAAAUAUGUCCUUCUUUAACUUCCGUAAGAUCUUCAAGUUGGGUGGUGAAAAGAAAAAGAAACAGUAUGAGCAUGUCAAAAGAGAUUUGAAUCCAGAGGACUUUUGGGAAAUUAUAGGAGAAUUGGGUGAUGGAGCUUUUGGCAAAGUAUUUAAGGCUCAGAACAAAGAAACAAAAGUCCUUGCUGCUGCAAAGGUCAUUGAUACUAAAUCUGAAGAAGAACUUGAAGACUACAUGGUUGAAAUUGAUAUCUUAGCAUCCUGUGAUCAUCCUAAUAUUGUCAAAUUGCUAGAUGCUUUUUAUUAUGAAAAUAAUCUUUGGAUCCUCAUUGAGUUCUGUGCUGGUGGUGCAGUUGAUGCAGUAAUGUUGGAACUGGAAAGACCACUGACAGAGCCACAGAUCAGGGUAGUUUGCAGGCAGACUCUUGAGGCGCUACAUUAUCUGCAUGAAAGCAAGAUCAUUCACCGAGAUCUGAAAGCUGGCAAUAUUCUUUUCACAUUGGAUGGAGAUAUUAAACUAGCGGACUUUGGAGUAUCUGCUAAAAAUACACGGACAAUCCAGAGACGAGAUUCUUUCAUUGGUACUCCAUAUUGGAUGGCUCCUGAAGUGGUUAUGUGUGAGACAUCUAAAGACAGACCUUAUGAUUAUAAAGCUGAUGUUUGGUCUUUAGGUGUCACUUUAAUAGAAAUGGCUGAAAUAGAACCACCUCAUCAUGAAUUAAAUCCAAUGCGUGUGUUGCUGAAAAUAGCGAAGUCGGAACCACCUUCGUUGGCACAACCAUCAAAAUGGUCUGCUGAUUUUAAGGAUUUCUUAAAGAAAUGUUUGGAAAAGAAUGUAGAUGCCAGAUGGAACAUUGCUGAACUUCUGCAGCAUCCAUUUGUUACUGUAACUUCCAGUAAACCAAUCAGAGAGCUGAUUGCAGAAGCAAAGGCUGAAGUCACUGAAGAAGUAGAGGAUGGAAAAGAUGAAGAUGAAGAGGAGGAAUCUGAAAAUUCUCUACAAUUACCUGCAAAUAAGCGAGCCUCAUCUGACCUCAGUAUUGCCAGCUCAGAAGAGGAUAAACUUUCACAGAAUGCAUCUAUGCUGGAAUCUGUUUCGGAGAGACUAGAGCAUUCAUCCAUGGAAGAGACAAGUACUAAUACAAUUGAAAAAGGAAAGAUAAGUAUGGAGCCUGGCAAAAAUGAAGAUGAAGUAUUCACAGAAAACACAAGUGAUGCCAAGCAGAGCCAUUUUGAAAAAGGAGAGAAUGAAUCGGCAUUACAACAUGAAGUUGAAGAAGCAAAAAAAAGUGAAAAUGCUGAUCAAAAUGUAAUAUUGAAUAAAGACACUAUAGCACAGAAAGAAGAAAAGGAAAUCAAUACAGUAUUAUCUAUAAUAAAUGUCAAGCCUGAUCUAAAAACAGAAAAAGAAAAUGAUUUGUCAAAUGAAUCAUCAGUUGAGAACAGAAAUAAAAUCAGUCUUGAAAUUGAAGCCAGCAGUGCAGAAACUGGAGAAACAAUUUCUAAUGAGACUGAUAUACAAGAAGAAAAGCAAAGUUUCAUAGUCAUCCAGGAAAACAAAGCAGCGGAGGAAAUGGCAACAGAAAAAAGUAAAGCAAUUAAGGAAUCACAAGGAAAUGAAAAAUGUGUAGAUGAUGUUCUGAAAGAAAUUAAAAAUCAGAAAUAUGAAGCAAAUGAUAUUAAGGAAAUGACAGAUAUAGAAGAAUCAUGUGAUAAGCAGCAGAAACCAACAAAAGAAGGUAUCAGUAGUGCUCAAGAGGGAGAUAUUACUACCAAGGUUCAAACCACAGAUUCAGUUAAAGUGAUUGAAAGCACCAAACAGCCAACAGAGUGUACUUCUGAGGAUUCUCAGGGACAAAUUACUUCUGAACCAACAUUUAUUCAGAAUGAUGUGGAUAUUCAUCAGCAACAGAGAGUGGGAGAUCAUGAUGAUUCUAACCAGAAAAGCACCUUAAAGGAAACUGAGGCCAACAUUUCAAAAAAAAUGGAGGUCAUGAAACAGAAGCCAGGAUUAGAUGAUGCUGUACAUGCUGAAAAAGAAAAAACAACUGAAGAAAUCGACACCAAAGAUGAGGUUUAUGUUGUGCAACCUGGUGAUAAAUUAGAGGUCAGAGCUGAAGAAAACCACAAGAAUAAUUUUCAAAUAAGCACAGAUCCUGAGGUGGUUUCCAGUGAUCUACCUAUUAAAAAUCAUCUUGAAGAUAGUGCCGUGAAACAGCCUCUUGAACAUGAGGCACCUCCAGUACCAAGUAUUAAUGUUAGCUGCGUAGAAAAUGAGACAGAAGAUAAAUCAAGGAAGCAGAAUAAUAUUGAACAUACAAAAUAUCUUGAUCCUGAGACUGCUAAAGAAAAUGAUACAGAUUCAGGCACUGGUUCUACAGCUGACAACAGCAGCAUUGAUUUAAAUUUGUCCAUUUCCAACUUCCUCACUAAAAACAAAGAUAGUGGAUCAAUAUCUUUACAAGAAACCAAAAGACAUAAGAAGACUUUAAAGAAAACUCGGAAAUUUAUUAUUGAUGGUGUAGAAGUGAGUGUGACUACUUCAAAAAUAGUCAGUGACAAUGAUUCUAAAAGUGAAGAACUUCGGUAUCUUCGACGUCAAGAAUUACGGGAGUUACGCCUUCUUCAAAAAGAAGAACAACGAGCUCAGCAGCAACUCAGUAAUAAGCUAUUACAACAACGAGAACAGAUGUUUAGGCGCUUUGAACAGGAAAUGACAAGCAAGAAGCGGCAAUAUGACCAGGAAAUUGAAAACCUAGAAAAACAGCAAAAACAGACAAUAGAGCGCUUAGAACAGGAGCAUACAAAUCGUUUACGUGAUGAAGCUAAGCGCAUCAAAGCAGAACAAGAAAAAGAAUUAUCCAAGUUUCAAAAUAUGUUGAAAAACAAAAAGAAAGAGGUUUUUAAUGAAGUGGAGAAAGCACCAAAAGAGCUGAGAAAAGAGCUCAUGAAACGCAAGAAAGAGGAGCUUACUCAAACCCAGCAUGCUCAGGAGCAAGAAUUUGUGCAGAAACAACAACAAGAACUGGAUGCAUCAUUAAAAAAAAUAAUUCAGCAGCAGAAAAUAGAGCUGGCAACCAUUGAACGAGAUUGUCUUAACAACAAGCAGCAGCUCAUGAGAGCCAGGGAAGCUGCGAUAUGGGAACUUGAAGAGCGACACUUACAGGAAAAACAUCAGCUGCUGAAACAGCAGCUGAAGGAUCAGUACUUCAUGCAGAGACACCAGCUGCUUAAGCGGCAUGAAAAAGAAACAGAGCAAAUGCAGAGAUACAACCAACGACUGAUUGAAGAGCUGAAAAACAAACAUACUCAGGAAAAAGCUCGAUUGCCCAAAAUUCAGCGUAGUGAAGCCAAAACAAGAAUGGCCAUGUUUAAGAAAAGCCUCAGAAUUAACUCUUCAAGCACUCCAGAUCAAGAUCGUGAAAAAAUCAAGCAGUUUGCUAUUCAAGAAGAAAAGAGGCAGAAAAAUGAAAGAUUGGCUCAACUUCAGAAACAUGAAAAUCAAAUGCGAGAUCUUCAAUUGCAGUGUGAAGCUAACAUUAGAGAAUUGCACCAGUUACAGAAUGAGAAAUGCCAUCUACUGGUUGAACAUGAGACUCAAAAAUUAAAAGAGUUGGAUGAAGAACACAGCCAAGAGCUUAAAGAAUGGAGAGAGAAACUAAGACCAAGGAAAAAGACAUUAGAAGAGGAAUUUGCCCGGAAACUUCAAGAACAAGAAGUUUUCUUUAAAAUGUCUGGAGAAUCUGAAUGCCUUAAUCCUUCAACUCAAAGCCGGAUUUCUAAAUUCUACCCAAUUCCUAGCCUGCAUUCCACUGGAUCAUAACUGUUGAACCUCUGUGAGGUGGCUUUCAAUGUGCUGUUGGCAUUGGCAAUGUACCAUAUUCUGUUUCUGUAUGUAUACACACGUACACAAUAUACAACAUAUACUCUGUCCAACUUCAUCCGCUUUCAGUGGAGACAAUCAAAGAUGUCAGAAUUUUCCUUCUUUGCUUUUGCUUUCUUUUGUUUUAACGCUGGAAAACAAUUGAAAUUAGAAGCACAGAAGCUGAUCUCAAAACAGAAUAUGGUAUAACGUGUUUCAGAAAUAUAUACCUGUUUGAAAACUGAUCUUAAAAACUGUAUAUCCAAUAUAUUUGCACUGGGAAGAAAGCCUAACCAUUUAAAGAUCAUCUGCAGUGUCCCAAGAAUUAAAUACAGAUAAUUCUUAGACAACGUCAGUACUACUAAUUCAACCAAAUCUUGUUUAUGAGGCAACGGUUGUCCAGCCUCAUUUUAUUCAGUGCCUGAAACAAUUAAACAUACUGCUCUUUUAUAAAAGGUUUGUGAUUAUCUCUUAGUAAGCUGUUGAUAUUAAUAUAAAUGGUUGCUGUUACAGUGACAAUGUUUGUCCAGUCCUUAAACUGAGCAUUCCUGCUCAACUUUAAAAUGUACAGUUUAUAGUCCCCCCCCCUCCUUUCCAUUUUCUAUUUGGCUAGUAAUAUUCUACAAAAUGCAUUGUAAUUGUAGAAUGUAUAUCUUUUUAAAAGAGGGGAAAAUGCAUUAAUUUUCACUCCCUCCUCGAAGCUCUGCAUGACCUCAUGUAGAGUAGGGUAGAUGAUCAGAAGAGCAUUGUCAGGUUUCAAUGCUGCAAAGUCUUUGACUGCCCUUGUCCUUACAAAUUAAUGUUUUGAUUUCUGGGUAUGAGUGAUCUUUUUGUAAAAUUUCAGUAUGCACAUUGAUCGAAGGAUUUAAGUUAAAUACUGAGACGGUUUAAUCUGCUACUUCAUUUGCUAAGAAGUAAGUAGAUGGUUUAUUUCUAAAAUUCGUAGCUCCACUGUAAUUUAUUUUCUGUUGGUGAUGGGAAAUAUUUCUAUCAGCAGAUUUGUCUGCAUUCAGUGAGGCAAGCUUUUCAGAACUGAACCAUAUCAAAAAUGAUUGCUUUUGAUAUGGCAAAAUUAAGUUUGUAAUAUAAAGUCCUCUACAGCCUAAUCUUUUAAUGGAUAAUUUUGGAUUAUCAUCCAAACAUUUUCAUAUUUUGCUAUCUUUCAUUAAAGGCAAAAUUGUUUACCUUUUAUACAAAGGAAACAGGUUAAAAAAAUUACAGACUGCCUUAAUGAAAUGUGAUCAAUACUUUGGCUACUGAAUUCAGACACUUGAGUUUGAUUUUAUUCACUUGUUCAAUUACUUCUAUAUAAUAAGUAUAGGUUGAAGGUGCAUAUUUUCAGUUAAAUUCUAUUCAUCAGAAAUAAUAAUUUGCUUGCAAUGUAUAGCUAGCCUUAAUAUCUAUAUCGUAUUUUAUAAAUAUGUAAUGUGCACCAGGUUGUAAAUUCCUUUAUAUGAUACUAGAGUGUUAUGUUUUCUUUAUUACAUCAUAAUUGUUUUUUUUCAGAACUGCAUAGAUGAAAAAGCAUCCAUCAACCUUUACUUUUUUUUAAGCUUCACCUUGUAAAACAACUAGUACUGACUGUAUCAUUAAAUUCUGUCUGUUUAACCAACAUAUAAGUCUGCUUAAAAAAUCUAAAGUCC